AUGUCUGCUACCGUCCAAGAAGAUGUCUGCAAUCAUGUCAAGGUAGUGGUCCGCGUUCGUCCAGAGAGUCAAAAAGAAAGGGAUGGCAAUUUCAGGAAAGUGCUCCAGGUGGUCGACAAGCACAUCUUGGUCUUUGAUCCAAAGGUAGAAGAAGUCAGUUUCUUUCACGGAAAGAAACUUCCAUGCCGGGAUCUUAACAAAAGACUAAACAAAGAUCUCAAAUUCGUGUUUGAUGCUGUAUUUGAUGAAAAUUCUUCACAGUUGGAGGUCUUUGAGCACACUACCAAAACUGUGCUGGAUGGAUUUUUAAAUGGAUAUAAUUGCACAGUGCUUGCAUAUGGUGCAACUGGAGCAGGAAAGACUCAUACAAUGCUAGGGUCACCAGAAGAUCCCGGGGUGAUGUACCUGACUAUGGAGGAGCUGUACAAUUCCAUGGACCGGAUGAAAGAGGAGAAGCAUUGUGCUAUUGCUGUUUCAUACCUUGAGGUCUACAAUGAGCAAAUUCGUGACUUACUAGUAAAUUCAGGACCACUGGCUGUUCGUGAAGAUCCUCAAAAAGGAGUAUUGGUUCAUGGGUUAACUUUACAUCAGCCGAAAUCUGCCAAGGAGAUCCUGCAAAUGUUGGAUUAUGGAAACAGAAACAGAACACAGCAUCCUACUGAUAUGAAUGCUUCCUCAUCUCGGUCUCAUGCUGUCUUUCAGAUUUAUUUGAGGCAACAAGAUAAGACAGCCAGUAUCAACCAAAACGUCCGUAUUGCCAAACUGUCUCUCAUUGACCUGGCAGGAUCUGAACGUGCCCGUGCCACCAAUGCCAAAGGCGCUCGCUUUAGAGAAGGGGCAAAUAUUAACCGGUCACUGCUAGCUCUUGGCAAUGUCAUAAAUGCCCUGGCAGACCCAAAGAGUAAGAAACAGCACAUCCCUUAUCGGAACAGCAAGCUUACUCGGUUACUGAAGGAUUCUCUUGGAGGAAAUUGUCGCACCAUAAUUAUAGCUGCUGUUAGUCCUUCUUCUCUGUUCUACGAUGACACAUAUAACACACUUAAGUAUGCCAACCGAGCCAAGGACAUCAAAUCCUCUCUGAAAAGCAAUAUUGUGAGUCUGGACAGUCAUAUCAGUCAAUAUGCCAAGAUUUGUGAAGAACAAAAGAAAGAGAUCAUAAUGCUGAAAGAGAAACUGAGAAUCUGUGAGUUAGAAAAAUCAUCUAUUCCUGAGAAUCGUGACAGGGGUCAGUGCCAGGUAGAGAUAAACAGGUUUAGGCAAAUUUUGAAAUGUUUGUUCACAAAUCGAGAAGAAAUCAGGACGGAGUGCCUCAAGCUGGAGCUGCGACUAAAAGAAAAUUCCUUAAAAACUCAUUAUCAAAAGCAGUGCCAUGAACAAAUUGAAAUGAUGUGUUCUUCCGAGAGAGUGGAUAAGGCAACUGACAAACGAGAUCACCGGCUUGCUUUACUUAAAGUGAGACGUUUGCAAAUGGAGCAAAAAAAAGAGGAGGAGCUGAAAAACUUUGAAGAGAACACAAAUUGGUUGCAUCGAGUGGAAAAUGAAAUGCGCCUCCUAGGACAAGAUGGCGAUAUUCCUCAAGAGCUCUCAAAAGAUCUUCAGUGCUGUAAUUUGAAAAUGGAAGUUAAGGAUUUGAAGACUCAGAUUGAAUACAUGAGAAUUCUAGCUUCUCUCCAAGAGCAGCAGCAUAAGCAGACAGAAAAAAUACUGAGUGCUUCACUUCCAGUUCUACGAAGGCAGUACAUAGCUUUGAAGAAUGGAGGGUUAACAAAUGGCGUCAUAGAAGAGGACUUCAAGGAGCUUGAACAGCUGAUUCAGAGAGAGAAAGCUGUGGUUUGGGCUGACCAGAUGGUUAAAGAAGAACCAAAAGAAAAUGCUCAGCCUCUGAUGUCUACUGUCCUGGUAUUUCCACAGCUUGAGAGCAAUCGGAGUACUCCUUGCCGUAAUCACUCCUCUGGUGAAGUCAAAGCCAGUGUUCAACAAGAAGUACAAUACAAAAUACCUCCUCCGAAAAGAACGAGACGGAAACUGAUGGAUUCUCCCCUGUUGGCACAAAGCCCUGAACAAUGCAGUCAGUCAAGCCCCAAUCGCCUGGUGGAUUCCCUCAGCAAGGCACUUCGCCCUAUUGUGUAUACACCUGAGAUCUGCAGAAUGCCAAAGGAAGACCUGUAUUCAGAGGCUGUGGUAAAACAAGCAUUGCAUACUGCAGGCCUUCAAGAAAGAAGCAGUUGUACAGUACAAGUACAGGAACCAUUAAAACAGGAUAGCCAUGAGGAUAUUGCAUGCAAUGCGAGUCCAGAGUGCCACAUGAACACCACAGUCACUCUUUAUGAAAGUAACAUUGGAAACUCAGAUGAACCUUCUUCUAAAGAACCGGAAUACAAGUCACAGUCAACCAAUAGCAACAGCAGUGUUUUGCAAAGACUUGGCCUUCCUUCCUUAUUAAAUAGACACCCAGGUCCUAUACAUGAGAAACCAUCUUAUAUGGCAAUGACAUCUGCUGCUGAAAGAAAAAGGAAGUUACUAAAUUCACUACCAAACAGUGGGCUAACAAAUCAGCAAGAGCACGUAGCUGCAAAGCGUGUUAAACAUGACAACUUCGUAACUAUGAAACCUUUGAGGGUAUCUAAAACAGGAAAUAGAACAAGAAGUUGGAAGCAACAUGAUAUGCUGAGAAAACAGCUAAAAAGUAGUUCUAAGGAAAAUACAGCAGUAGGCAUGAAACUGAGAACUUCAAAAAGUAUUUUGAAUGACACCUCUGCAAUGAAAUAAGACCUUCCU